AUGAAAAUCGUUAUCAUUUUAGCUAUUUCCGCAUUGCUACACGGCGCAAGGAUUACUUCCCACUCAGACUUCGCUUCAAAACUUUUAUUUCCUCAAUUGGAUUUAAGCAACAAAUUGCCUGACUAUUUUAUCCAAGUGUACAAAACAUUAGAUGAUUUAACGGAAGAAAUUCAAAAAGAGCAGCUCGACCACGAUCGCCAAAUUGAGCAGCAAGGCAUCCAAUGUGCUCAAGAAAUGGCAUAUCGGCAAAAAGAAAUUAGCCUAGCUAAAUUUUCUUACUCCAGAGCUGAAUCUGAAAAUGACAAUUGCCAAUCAUCAUUGUCACUAAUAAAAAUCAAGCUUUCUUCUAACGAAAAUGACCAAAAUUUGAUUAAAAAAGAACUAGGCCGAGCCAGAGGGACUCGAGUUUUUACAGAAAGCUAUUUCAAAAAUAAAACUUCACAAAAUGACGAACUACUCUCAAUUCUUGAAGAAAGUCAAGAGUAUUACACAUCCCCAGUAUACAUAUUUCCCAUGGAUGGCGCUAUUUUGGCCUUGAUUUUCCCACUGGGAAAAUUUUUUGGUUUGGCCAAACCAAUUGGCACUGGUGGAACUAAAACAUUUUUCCAGUGGGAAAAUCAAGGCGAAAACAGUGCCAUCCACAGGAAAUUGCAAUAUCUUUUUCUGAGCUUUCAGAACUCGCUUCUCAUCUUUUAGAUUUCAGUGCUCAAAACAACGCAGCUUCACAAAUAGCUCCAACCUUAACCUCACUGGCACAAAUUUCGGCUGAUUCUAAUAGCAUUCCUAGUGAAAAAGUGAACCAAUUAUUAGAAGUCUUAAAAAUUGGGACCCAAGAAUCCAGAGGAAUUUUGGAUAAAUUAAAUUUGGAAAGCUCUGAAGUUUUUAACGACCUAAUAAGUCGUUUAAAUUCUGAGCUUCAAAGAUUGGAACAAGAAGAAAAAUUCCUGCAGGAGAGGGUGGGGGAGCUUGAAAAUUGUAUAGAAUCUCAGCAAAAUAUUAUGUUCCAGGCGUCAGAUAAGGAUUUUAGAGAUUCAGGGAUAUUAAGAAGUGUACAGAGGCUGUGCAAUGAUUGAAAAGAUCAGCAUGGAGCUCAGAGCAAGCUAAGGGAAGAUGAAAUUGGGCUGAUUGGAAGCUUGAAAAAUAUAGGAGAAAAAAGGUUUGAUAAAAAAGAGCAAGGAGCUGCUGAAAAAGCAGGGGAUUAUGAGAAGGAUUGGGAAAAGUAUCUGAAUGAAAUUUCAGAGUUAAGUCAGUAA